GGUAUAUAAUUGACCUAUAAAUUAAUUAAAAUUAAAUAACUUUUAGUGCAAUACAGUUUUGUACGAUUUUUCGGAUAUCACUCUAGCUUCAGAAGUUCAGACCACAGAGUACGUGGUCUCCAAACCCUUGAGAAUUGAGGAUUAAAAAUAAUUAAAUACAUUUGAAUAACAAAGUGAGCUAAAAGCCAAUCUGGAGGGACGGACCCUCUGCCUACUCACUCGUAUCGACAAAACAAAGAUAUGGUUACCAUACUGGGACCAGAAAGCAGAACGCAGUGAUUGUUGUAUUGAAGUGGUGCUCGUGAGCAACAUGUCCAUCAAAUCGCAGAAGUCGCUCAAUGAGGAGUGCUCGGAGAUAUUCGAGAGGAGCUACUCCGUGAGGAGUGUAUCGGAAGAGAGCUUAACUUGUGAUGAAGACGAGGAGUCAUUGUCUCGAGAGCUGCUGAGGAAGCUGACGCCAGCCGUGCUCAGCAAGCUGCGGCGAUGCUUCAAGAAGGCGCGGGAGAAGAACGCGGCAGCGGUAGAUAUUGACAGAAAGGUGGAGGAGGUGAUGCGAGUGGCGGCGGCAGAGGAAGGCAUCCAAUUCGCGGCACCUGCGCCCGCGCAGCCGCCUAUACUAUGUCUGGACGAGAAAGGAUUCGUCUCUGCGGUGGACAACAUUUUCGGUCACCGCAAAUACAGCCCACACGCUCGCCAGCUGUUCCAGACGCUGGACUCGUUCGGCAGCGGCCGCGUGUGGUGGCGCCAGCUGGUGACGCGCCUGGUGGCGGCCGGCGCGCGCACCACCAGCACGCGCUGCGAGCGCUGGACCCCCGUCACCGUGCAGGCUAUACGAAGACUAGACCACUGCAAACGUGAAACCAUAGUGAAGUUGGUGAGCAUAGAGAGGGAGAACUCUUUCUGCUACACGUGCGUGUCGCGCGGCGGCCGCGUCGGCGUCUACAGCGCCGCGCUGCAGCCGCUGCACGACUAUGAGAUAUUUUAUCAUCGAACCGGAGUUCAUCGUCGCGUCAAAAACUGUUGGAUCACCGACGCAAUUUAUUUAAACGACGUGCAGAGUUUGCUGUUCUCGGCGUCAGACCGCAGCCUCACCAUCUACGAUGUAACCACCGUCACCCACACGCCUGUCUACUGCAUCACUGGCCUCCCUAACAUUCCCACGUGCCUGGCCUACAACUCUGCGCUGAACGGAGGCGAAUCGGAGCUGAUGUUCGGCACGGAGCGCGGUGACGUCACGCGCAUGCGCUUCCUGCUGCCCAGGCUCUCGCUGUUCUACAGCAAAACACAAGACAGUACUAAUUAUUACUUUUGGAUGGAGCUGUCAUCCCCUCCUCACAGCCACUACUGCAGCAUCAGCACGUGGCGCGGCGUGCACGCGCGCUCCGUGCGCCGCGUCAGCUACGCGCGAGACGGCGACAUCGUGUGGUCCUGCUCACACGACAGCACUGUGGGAGUGCGCGCCCGGCAUGCGCCCGGCCUGCUGAAGGAUUAUGUGUUCAAAGUGCAGAGAGGCAUCAGCUGUUUCCACAUGGUAGCAGCCCUGCACCUAUUGGCGACGGGCAGCCCGGAUGGCCUGGUGCGGCUGUGGGAGACGCAGGGCUCCCUGUUCGCGAGCCUCUCCGUGCCGGGCUCCCCCGCCGUGCUGGAUGUAGCCGUCAUCGUCUCCAUGGAAAUUGUCGUUGCCUAUUGUAGCAACUGUUUCGUCCAUAUUUGGGACCUAUACGAAGAGUGUCUUCUACAAACAGUGAAAAUCAAGUUCCCCUUUCUUGGAGUUCUCGGCAAGAAGCCAGACUUCGGAACCAUCAGCAUUCACCCUGGUCCACCUCGUAAAAAAGAAGCAGAGGAAGAUGUAGCGAGCAUACCCUCGGGCUCGCGCCGCGGCUCCAGCGUGUACCAGGGCUCCACGGGCGGCCUGCUACUGCAGCCCGAGCCGGGGCCCGCGGCGUGGGACCAGCGGGGCCUGGAGCGAGACCCUGAAAACCUUCGGUUCAACCGAGGCGAGAUCCUGGUCACGUGUUGUGACUACGUGUGCAGCAUCGCCCUGCGGCAGACGGACGAGCCGCCGCUGGCGCCGCCAGGAGACACGCUGCGGGCGCGGCGACCUUCCUUCUGGGAACUACCCGCGGAUUUAAUAGCGCCUCCAGCCUCAGUUGCCAAGAUCUCCAAGCCGUGUCCACCUUCUCCCAGAUUUCUGGCGCCAGUGGCUGCGGAAGAAACCCUCGAAGAUCUCGAUGAGCUCUUGGAAAAAGCUGGACUUCAAGGAAUACUAGAAAAGGACUUCGUGUUGAUGCGAGGAUUGAAACACGAUUUGAACAAGAAACUUCAUGAAAUGGAGAGCGAUAAGGAAGCUACGCGGUCCGCAGUGAACGCCGGGGCGCCGUACUUGGCCCUGAAGAGCUACGAGCCUGUCCCUCUGCCCUCCUUCGACCAUCUCGCGGAGCAGUACUCGCGGGUUAUGAGUUUAUUUCCCGAGUCUAUCACGCUCGCUACACCGUCAGGAAGCGAAUUUUCUUCACCAAGAAAUUCUAAAUCAUUCAAAUUAUGAAAAGCCUCCCUGGCCUACAAGGCGGGCAAGCGCAUGAUAUCGCUGGCGGAGGGCAUGCCCAACGAGGCCAUCUUCCCCUUCACGCGCCUGGAGCUCACCACCAGGGCGGGCGGGAAGAUGGUCUUCGAUG